ACGUCUUCUUUGCCCGUGGAGGCAAGUCUCAUCAUGUCAACAGACGAUACCUCCUUGCGACAGUCGCUGAAUGCCUCCUCGUCUCCAACUCGGUCCCGCGCUUCGAUGGCUUGCUUCAUGUGCCAAAAGAGAAAAAUCAAAUGCGACGGCGAAGCCCCUUGUAGCAACUGCCGCCGUCGCCACUGGUCAUGCAGGUUCAACGCCGCCGCCGACGGGAGACGCACGGCAGCUAAUCGCCAGGCAAUGAUGCAGGAGAUAACCGAUACGGUUGCGCAGGUUCGACACCACAGAGGACUACUCGCCGGUAUCUUCGCCAUAAUAAGAAAAGGGGGAGAGGGUGGCACUGACAACCUCGUCAAUCUCAUCAAGACUACCGAAGACCUAACGCAGAUCGCAUCGUAUGUUCGCGACGAGGUUGACGCUGACGCUACCGUACAACAGGCAUAUCACGCUAUCGACUGGCAGGAAGUCGAACUU